CGCCAGUCUCCCAUCCUCACUCACCACCAUGUCCUUGCCAACACUGCAAGACGUCCUCGCGACUUCAAUCUCACUACUCAAGACAACUACACCACUUCUCAAGAGAAUUACAUCACUACUUCUAAAGACAACCACAUCCCUUCUUUUCAUCAUAGUAGUCACAAUCCUCGCCAUCGCAGUAUACCGACUCUUUUUUCAUCCUCUCGCCGGCAUCCCUGGGCCUCGUCUAGCUGCCCUUUCCAACAUCUGGCAUGCUUAUCAUGCCCGCAACGGUCGCAUGUACCUGUUGGGCAAAAGCCUACAUAAGCGCUAUGGACCGGUGGUGAGAGUUGGUCCCAAUGAGCUUUGGUUUGAUAGUAAGGAGGCGUUUAAGACUAUUUAUAGUGCAGGAAGUGGAUUUGAGAAAUCGGAUUUUUACCUCUCAACCCUCCUCACCAAACCCACCCUUUCCCUCAAAUUUUCCCCCUUCAAGUUCCCCUUUCCCAAUCUCCAAUUACCUCUACAGAUACACCACCCCGACACCCUCGACCUCCUCUCCGAGCGCCACCUCCCCCGCUACCGCCUCCAACGCCGUCUCAUCGGCCCGCUCUACCAACUCUCCUCCCUCAAGAAAUUCGAACCCCAAAUCGACGCCGUCUUGGAUCGCGCCAUCGCCCAGCUGCGCACCCUCCAAGGCCAAGAAGUCGACCUCAAGGAAUGGAUGCACAUCAUCGCCGUCGAGUGUCUCGGCGCCGUAGUCCUCAGCUGGUCACCGGGUUACAUCCGCGACAAGUCCGACGGGGGGACCAGUGUCCAGGGGUAUUUGGGGUGGAAGCGCAAGUCGGUAUUUGGACUUUUUCCGGGAAUUACGAUCCUUUCGUUCUUAGAAGGCGGUCCCUUCGGUUUGGGAGAACGGAUGGGAAAGGGAGUGGCGAGGUGGUGGUCGAAUACUUGGGGUGUCACGUUCGCUACACCCAAAGGGUUCAAGCCGUUUUUCACGGCUGUUUAUCAGAAGGUGUCGAGACGGGUGUCGAUGGCUGCGCUGCUGUGGAUGAGUGAUGAGGUGAAGGUGGUCAAGAAACCGAGCAGCAAGAAGAAUAAACCAGCUAAGGGUAAGAUGGAGGAAGAUAAAGGGAAGAAGGAUCUCCUGGAAGAUCUGAUAAAACUGUAUCAAUCCAAGCCGGAGCAGUUCACCGAGACGUACCUGCGCAGAAUGGCAAUGACCAACUUUGGCGCGGGACAUGAGACGCUUUGCUCGGCUUUGACGGCUUGUAUGGCCAUGAUUGGGACACACGCGGCCGUUCAAGCAAGGGUUGCCGAAGAAGUUGGUUCCCAUCUUCGGGGGGGUGGGACGGUGCCGUUCGAUACCGCGGCUAAGCAACUCCCGUAUACUCUGGCGGCCAUCAAAGAGGCACAGAGAUUACAUCCUGUCAUCGCCAUGAGUCUUUCGAGGACUGUCCCGCGAGACCUUGACGGUGGAGGCGUCAUGCUGCAUGGCCACUGGGUCCCCGAGGGCACGACGUCGGUGGUUGCCCCGUCAUCAUCAUCAUCAUCAUCAUCAUCAUCAUCAUCAUCAUCAUCAUCAUCAUCAUCAUCAUCAUCAUCAUCAUCAUCAUCAUCAUCAUCAUCAUCAUCAUCAUCAUCAUCAUCAUCAUCAAACACCGGCUUCAACUCCCAUGUUAACUCCAAUGACAAUUCCGAGUCUGAGCCCGAGCCCACGCCCAACUCCGAGCCCGCACCCGUCCCCGAGUCGGUGUCCGGAUCCCCGUCCGAACCCGACUCCGAUCCCAAGCCCGAACCCAACUCAGCCCCCAAGCAUCAACAACCAAACUUACACCCAACUCCAGAACAAGAAGAAGAAGAAGAAGAAGUCGAGAGAAAACGAUUGAGAGAAAUGCUCCACCUAAACCUCACCUACGGCGGCGGCGCACGCACCUGUCCCGGCCGCCAUCUAGCCGAGCUCAUCGUCUGGAAAGUAAUACCGCGAUUAGUAGCCGAGUUUCGGGUCGAGGUCACCCACAUGCCAAGAGACGAAGAAAAAAACAUGGAGAGGUAUUUCAUGAGUAUGUUGACGGGGGUGAAGGUGAGGUUUUUGGAGAGGAGGGAGGACUCGGGCGACAUGGCAUGA